UUCGUCAGGACCAUAUUGUCUUCAGUGAAAAGACUGACCUCUACAUCUGCCUUUCCUGAUCUGGACCCAGCGUGGACUUUUUUCUCGUAAAAGUCAACUGACUGUGAAACGUUAAGGCAGACGUUCGAGAGACUGUGGCAUGAUGGAGAAGUAUGAAAAAAUUGGGAAGAUAGGGGAAGGAUCCUAUGGCGUGGUCUUUAAAUGUAGGAAUAGGGACACAGGGCAGGUCGUGGCAAUCAAGAAAUUCCUGGAAUCUGAAGAUGAUCCCAUAAUUAAGAAGAUUGCGAUGCGUGAAAUCCGCAUGCUAAAGCAACUGAAGCACCCAAACUUGGUAAAUCUCCUGGAGGUUUUCAGAAGAAAACGAAAGCUGCAUUUAGUGUUUGAAUAUUGUGACCACACAGUUCUGAAUGAACUGGACAGGCACCCGAGGGGGGUUCCGGAACAUCUUGUAAAAAGCAUUAUCUGGCAAACUCUACAAGCAGUGAACUUCUGUCACAGGCACAAUUGUAUCCACCGGGACGUAAAGCCGGAGAAUAUUCUCAUAACCAAACAUUUCGUCAUUAAACUGUGUGACUUUGGAUUUGCCAGAAUACUGACUGGACCUUCUGACUAUUACACGGAUUACGUGGCUACUCGAUGGUACCGCUCUCCAGAGCUGCUGGUUGGAGACACGCAGUAUGGUCCCCCAGUGGACGUUUGGGCUAUUGGUUGCGUCUUUGCCGAACUAUUAUCUGGAGUUCCCCUGUGGCCUGGGAAAUCUGACGUAGAUCAACUGUACCUUAUUAGGCAAAGCCUGGGUGACCUGAUUCCCAGACACCAGCAGGUAUUCAGUACAAACCAGUUCUUCAGUGGUGUCAGCAUCCCAGAUCCACAAAACAUGGAACCUCUGGAGUCAAAAUUCCCAAAUAUUCCUCCUCUUGCAAUGGGCCUGAUGAAGGGCUGUCUCCAUAUGAACCCUGCGGAGAGGCUUACAUGCCAACAGUUACUGGAGCACCCUUACUUCGACAGCAUCCGAGAUGACGGUGAAUCCGGAAAGGAUUCUGACAGAGUGAGCAGGAAGCAGGCACGACUGCACAGAAAACAUUUCCCAGGGGAAGCUGGCUACCACUGCCAUGACUUUGGUAAACACUCUUGGUGCCAGCAAAGGGCAGAAAGACAGAGCUUUGAAUUGACAGCCCAUAAGUACUACCAGAUAAAGCUGCAGCAUCUCCCACAGCUCACAAGUAGCAACAUUUUGCCAGCUUUGGAAAGCAAGAAAUACUAUUCAAACACCAGAAAAUUCAACUAUCGUUUCCCCAACAUAUAGACGGGGCAAAAGGGCAUCGAGAGACUAGUUAAAUAUUUAUUGUUCUUGGAACUCGGUGGCAGGAAUUUGUUAGCGGAAAAUGAGAUGCACGCGUAAACAGCAACUUGGCCUUUGAAAGUUAUUUAUAGUUUCCAGCAGUUUAGAUGCAAAUAAACCUUGCAGCCACUUUAUCUGCAAUGAGGCAGAAAACGUUUGUGCUUUUUAAUUAAAAUAUGGACAUUUUCAUUACGUUGCAACAACUCACCCUUUUUCUUCCUGCAGCAAACUCACAACAGGCAACUGAUUGAAGAAAAAAAAAAAAGUUUAUACAUGGCCUUGAUUAUCCCUGCAGCUAUUAGAUGUGUCCAGCUAGCUUUGUGGGAACAGUCCACGCUUCUUAUAGUGCUCCCUCAAUGUAAGUGGUCAAAGUGUUUUCGAACAGUUUGACCUAUUACCUGGGACAUGCCAACCACCGCUCCCUGUCUUUCCUCUUACACUGUAGAGCGCAGGAAGAUCAUACUAGGACCUAAUGUUAGCUCUCCAGAACGAAGCUCUGCAAUGCAUGGCAAACUCAUUAGCUAAGAAUGUCCGUUGAUUGCUCUUGGCCAAUGCAUUAAGCCCUGCACUGCCUGGCUUAGCUCUGGUAAAGAGCUUCUGGCUCCGUAAGCAGCACCUGGCGGACCCAGGUAAUAAGGGAAACCAUUUUAAAAUGGCCUGGCUACCUACAUUGGAGUAAGCCAGGGCACUCCUGGCACCAUAAACACUGUAGCGAGCUGUAGUGGUUAUGGUGUGCUGAGUGUUAAUUUAUAGGUCUAUUCUAUACGUCAAUAUAAACAGACAUUUAUUCACUACAUUGAAAAUUCUAAGUGAAUUUCAAAUUGAAAACCAGAGUAGCUCAACUGAAAGCAGAGUGGACUUGACCUUAAAUUUGAAAUUUACCUUAAAUUCUCACUUUAUUGAAGACCUUUGUUAGCAGCACAUUAUUCUGAUGUGUUGUUUUUACUCUGCAGGGGGGUGGGGGGGAUAAGAUUUUUGUAAUGUGACUGUUGGGAUUUUACUAAAUUGGGUAUUCAUGAAAAUUGGCGAAGGAUAGUCUCCCCUGCAGGGUGCAGCCGUAGGUAAGUAUAACUACUCUCCACUGCAUUCUAGGCCUUAAUGUCACCGUAUAUUUUUGGAAAGACCCCCAAAGGAGACAGAGACACUUUAGAGCAGGACUGCAGAAAAAUAAAUAAAGGUAUAAUAGUUCUCCGGCUGUCCUAUGACUGUUAUAGUUGCAGUUAAAAAUGGGGGUAAGUGUGUAGUACAUUUGGACGAGUACUGGAAAAGAAUGAAAAAUGCUUACAGGGUUAUUCACUAAACUGUGAAUUGUCAAGAAAUGCUCAUGGUAUUUCAAAUUGUGGGCCAAAACAGGCAACAUUCAAAAAACAUCUCCAAUCUACUGUUUUCUAAUUGUGGCUAUUUAAGACUAGAAUUGUAAGAUUUUGUUAAUUCCCUGUAGCUCUUGAUUUAAUAAAUAAUCAUCCUAGCCCUUUUAUAUCCAUUGGUGGUGUCUAAAUGUCUGAUCAGUGGCCUGAACUAGAUGUAUGAAUGAUCUUCACCUCAGCCUGACGAUUUCAAUUAUCGAACGAAGGCGGAGAAUUAAAGGCCAGGAUUUAGGGCUAAUCUCUAAAAGUGCAGCAAAACAUGCAGGUUAAAAUAUGUUAAAAAAGCAGUACUGGAAACAUUAUGCAACUCUGCAAUCUUUUAAGGUCUGCUACCUUGGCCGAAGUUGUCAAUACCAUUUCCAUUCCUAACAGUUUCCUGUUUAGUGAAUAAAACCAAAAGUAUUCUUUUGUGAAUGUCUGAAUCUCUGGCUGGGAAUGGGAGUGUUUUCACUCAAGACCGCCAACCACGUGGGAACAGGGGAGGUGCUGGUGGGAGCCUAUUGGAACCCAGGCGGUAGUGGUUAUGGUGCUUGGUUCGUUCAUUCUAAGCGAAUCUGCCAUGCUUCAUAAAGGUUUACCAGAUCCACGAAGGCAGGGCUGCCAAAUAGUUAGAUCCCCAUAUGUUGUAGAACUAGAAGUCUCAUGAUGCUUUGUCAUUAUAAAGGCAUGCAAAGCAUCAUGGGUGUUGUAGUUCUACCGCAUCUGGGGAUCUACCUAUUGGGCAGCCUUGCACUGAUUUAAUAGGCAGAACAAGAAAAGUGAUUUGUUCCAAUAUAUGAUGGAAGAUAAUUAAACACGGCAGUUCAUCUGGUUUUACAUUCACUGACUUCUUGCCUACAGUCUGUGAAUUUUACAUUUAGAUCACUGUUUAUGUACUGCUCAUCAGCCUGAAACGUUGUGUGUGUCCAGAAACAAAACAUGGUAGAUCUGGCAAUUCUAGAUGUUUUAAUGUGCUACGCCUUGCGUUUGAUGUAUUUAUUUAUUUACUUUAUCAGCAUUGGUUGAAUAGGCAGCUGCACAUAUUUUCUUUCACCCAGCAUCCUUCUGUGUUCUGUCUCC